CGAAAAAUCGAUAUUUUGAUCUGUCAAAAACUGAACGUUAGACAACCGUUGUUACACUAUAGACAGGUUGUUGUUUAAUGUAAUAUAAAGGUUAUUAAAGGUUUUUAAGAUAUUUAUUAUUAUACAUAGAGUUAAAUUGUUUAAAUUAAUUGAUAGACCUUCAUAUAAAAAAGUGCCACAAGAAAAAAUUAUUACAUACAUAGGUUGUGAUAUAAUAAAAUCAAUUUUGAGGUGGAUUUUUGGAUGACUUUAAAAUAAACAAACCGUCUCGAAAUGCUCCUGUCCCUAUUUUACAUGUACGCCACUGUGCUUCAAUGGCUAAGGCUGGGCGCCUUAAAAACAAAACUAAAUGGCACGUUAAAUUCCCAAAACGCGCUUUUGGUCUGCAAAGAAAUCGUACUGUGCGAAUCCAAAAAACCCAUUUGUUUGGAAAAUCUGCUUUUCAAAAAUGGCGAUAGAGUUGCUUGUACAGUGGUGCCAAAGCAAAAAAUUAAUUUGGGACAAUGGGCACUUUUUCCGAAAAACCUGGACAACUUUCCCAUACCUAUCAAAAUCGUUUACACUGUUAUAGACGAACCUUAUAUACACAUAAUGCUACAAGCUGAACUUGACAACUAUGUAAAGCAUAACUGUGGCAACAUUGCGAUCGAAAAUUUUGGCGACCUAAUAGCCUGGAGGACCGCCGAAAAAUUUGAGGCGAUUCUCAAAACAGACAUGAAAAAUCUAACAAAAUUAGUAAAUUGUUUUUCAAGGAACGAAGAAAUAGAUAUUAACCAUGAACUACAACUCUUGAAAAUUGAAACUGUGGAAAUAAUGGGACAAGCUGGUAAAAUUAAGCACACGAAAAAAUACCCGCUGGAAAAUAAUUUCAAAACGUUUGGGUCUCCUGUUAGGUGGCAAAAAUUCACCGAAGAAAUCCGAGAUUUGUACUCCAAAAUGAGGGAAGAUAAUAACCCAAAAAUAAUGAUUGAAAGUGGAUCCGUCAGUUCAACAAAAUCGGAUGAAGAAACCAAAAAAGUGCCUGUGUCUGAGGUGAAACCUAUCAAAAAAGAAAGCAAAAGGCAAGAGGUCAAAAAUACUUUGGACGUCACAUCUAGGUCCAGACACAAGUCCAAAGAUAAGUCCACUGAUAGACCAAAGGUAAGCAAAGAAGAAACCAAAAAGGAAACCAAACAAGAACAUAGAACGGCUGUGAAGGUAAAAGAAGAACCCAAAGUUAAAGAAAAUGGAGUCAAAGACAGUAAGUCUGGAAAGUUGAUUUCAGAAAAGGAAGAUACAUCAAAGGUGGUGCCAAAAAUAGUGACUGAAGAUCUGAACAGUGCUACCAGUAGUGCAAAACAUAAAGAAACCAAAAAUAAAACCAAAAGCCCAGAAGAAGAAGCAACUCCUAAUAAAAAAGACACCAAAGGAAAACCGAAAAAGCAAGAAUCGAAAAGAGAUGUUGAAGAAAAAGAAAACGAAAAAUCAUUGGGGAAGAAAAUAUCCAAAAUGCUGGACAAAGACAAACAUAAGAAAGAGAAAGAACCAAAAACCAAAGACAAGGAUAAGAAAGAACGUAAAAAGCUUAAAGACGCUUUCAAAUCUGAAUCGUUAUCUAAAAAAAUCGAUGAACCAGGAACGUCAAAUGGAAAUUUAACUCUCACCUCAACCACCAAUGAUACAGCUAAAAGUUUAAGUGAUAAUAUUGGAAAUGGAGAAGCAACUUUAAAUGGAAAUGUUGCUUCAGUCAAACCACCAAAUAUUUUGGUUUAUGCUGACAGUUUAGUCGCCAAAGAAAACGUCAAAGAUGUUUUGAACAAUAUGUUAAAUAAAGACAAAUACACUGUCUAUGACAUGCCAACCAAUACAUCCCCAGUGUGGAAUUCCUCGACUGUUUUGGUUGUUGUUUGCGGACAAGUUCCGCAAAAUUUGACCAACAAUUUACUUCAGUAUCUUUUAAAUGGAGGUCAAUUGUUGUGCCUGUGCAGCGACUUAUUGUACAGCGUGUUGCAUACUUUUACCACAGCAGAGGUUCGCGAACACGAGUUGGUCCGUUUUUCCUACGGCCAAUGGAGACAGGUGCAAAUGAUGCACCACAUUUUUUGCUAUCAGGCGUCACCCACCAAAAAACAGUUCUCUAGAGAGUCGGAGAACUCAAAUCCUGGCAGCGGUAACGGUUCGAGUCCAAUUUUUCCCAGAACGCCAUCUUCCGUGGAGAUCCAACAUAACGGAAAAGAUUAUUUAAUACAGGUUCAGGUAUUGGGGGCUGAAGAAACAUGGCAGACUCCGAGCUUGAUGCUGGCAACAGUGAAAGGGUCAAAAGGAAGGGCGAUUUUCUCCCAGGUUCAUCUUGAAAUAAAUCCUUCUCAAUACGAAGAAGACGAAAACAAAUUUGCAGCCCUGAAGGAUUCUGAUCAAGCAAGGCUGGAAAUUUUCAAGGACAUCCUCACAAAACACUUCGAAAUCGACUGUAGCGUGUAUGCGGCGUUGCCGUAUACUCCAGCGUAUUUCCUAGGAAGACACGAUCUGAAACUUAAAAUGCUCUCAGAAUGCGACAGCAUUGUGAAUAACAAAAUAACAACGAAUAAUUUGGAAAUUAAUUUUUGCGGAAAAAAUGUCGAACCCGAAAUACCAACCAAUAAAAAUUUACCUGUCAUGGUGCAUGCAUGUCCAACGAAUUUUUCUACCGUCAACUAUUUUGAAACACUGGAGACUCAAAGUAUUGGUAGACUGGUGAUAUACUCGGACAUAUUGACUAGUUCCCAGGACGUUUUGCAAAAAACCCUAAGCCAUGGUUUGGCGGUGAUUCCCCGACAACAAACUCAGGGAAAGGGGCGUUCCAAUAACAAAUGGAUAAGUCCUAUGGGUGCCGCCAUGUUUUCUUUGCAGCUACACAUUCCCCUUGCCACCCCCUUGGGGAAGUUCCUCCCCAUAACGCAGCACUUAGUGAUGGUGGCUGUCAUAACAGCUGUACAAAAAUUCAGAGGGUGUGAAAGACUUAAUUUAGGAUUAAAGUGGCCUAAUGAUCUCUAUGCCAAUGGCAACAUUAAAAUAGGAGGAUUGGUAAUCAAAUCUGCACUUAUGGGUGAAAUGGCAGUUGUUAAUAUAGGUGUUGGUGUUAACCUUAGCAACUCCAACCCAACCACCUGUAUAAAUGACAUGAUAAAAACUGAAAAUUUAACGUUUGGCAGCGAUUUGGCGUACAUAUCAUACGAAAACUAUUUUGCCGAAGUUUUCAAUGAAAUUGAAAGACUUUACGAGGUUUUUCAAAAUGGAGAUGUCGACUAUUUUUACAAUCUUUACUACAAAUAUUGGUUGCAUAAUAAUGUCGAUAUAACCAUAAAAACCAAAGAUGGCGCUAGUAGAAACGUAAAGGUCAUAGGUAUAGAUGACUAUGGUUAUCUUAAAGUUAGAACGGCAGAGGGCGCCAUAGAUAUUGUACAACCUGACGGUAACAGUUUUGACAUGAUGAAGGGGUUGAUAGCGCCAAAAAUAUUUUAGGGUGAAAUUUUGAAUUGUAUUGUUGUUAAUAUUAAUUUUUUAAAUUGGUUUGUAAUUGUAUAAAAUUAUGUGAUUUAAGUUAAGAUCAAUCAAAUUAACGUUCACCCUGUAUAUUUUGUGAUUUGCCUGUUGUGACAAAAAGUUUAAUACUCCAUUUUUUAUAUUAGCUUUAACAUUCCUCAUAAAAUGAAAUAAGAAUCUCCUUUUAUAAGAUUUUUUUUUUGUAAAAUUUGUUAAAUUUUUUUUCUUCCAUGUUGAUGUCCGCCUAAAAGUUACCGUGUGUUCAAUGUUUUUAAAUAUAUUGAUAGUUUAUAAUAAAAGUUGUUUCAAAAAUAUUAAUAAAGUACAGUCUAUUUCUUCUAA